GGAGAAGUAUGGGGUUGUAUAAAUUCUUCUUUGCCAGGAGUUUUGAAGAAGUCUGACGGAUGGGUUGGUUUAGGUUGCUGUGAGCUAGCUAUUGCUGUGGAGUGUCGGCAAGCAUGUAAGCAGGCUUCUGCAAAGAACGAUGUUUUAAAGGUCUGCAGGAAGGAAUAUGAGAAUGCUCUCUUUAGUUGUAUUAACAGAAAUGAAAUGGGGUCAGUCUGUUGCAGCUACGCAGGACAUCACACCAACUGUCGGGAAUAUUGCCAAGCCAUUUUCCGGACGGACUCUUCUCCUGGGCCUUCACAAAUUAAAGCAGUUGAGAAUUACUGUGCAUCUAUUAGCCCUCAGCUCAUUCACUGCGUCAACAACUAUACACAGUCUUAUCCAAUGAGAAAUCCUACAGAUAGUUUGUACUGCUGUGAUAGAGCAGAAGACUAUGCGUGUCAGACUGCUUGUAAAAGGAUUCUAAUGUCAAUGAAAACAGAGCUUGAAAUUGUUGAUGGACUUAUAGAAGGCUGUAAAACAAUGCCUCUCCCUCAGGAUCCACUUUGGCAAUGUUUUCUUGAGAGUUCAAGAUCUGUUCACCCAGGGGUCACUGUGCACCCUCCACCUUCAACAGGCCUCGAUGGAGCUAAGCUCCAUUGCUGUUCUAAGGCAAAUUCUUCCACAUGUAGAGAGCUCUGCACUAAACUUUAUAGCACGAGCUGGGGCAAUUCACAGAGCUGGCAAGAAUUUGAUCGCUUUUGUGAGUAUAAUGCAGUUGAAGUUUCCAUGUUGACCUGUUUAGCAGAUGUACGAGAACCUUGUCAGCUGGGCUGUAGAAAUCUUACUUACUGCACUAAUUUUAAUAACAGACCAACAGAACUUUUUAGGAGCUGCAAUACUCAGUCAGACCAGGGAGCCAUGAAUGACAUGAAGCUGUGGGAAAAAGGGAGUAUUAAGAUGCCAUUUAUAAAUAUUCCUGUGCUUGAUAUUAAAAAAUGCCAACCAGAAAUGUGGAAGGCGAUUGCCUGCUCACUGCAGAUUAAACCUUGCCACAGCAAAUCUAGAGGAAGCAUUAUCUGCAAAUCAGAUUGUGUGGAAAUACUGAAGAAAUGUGGAGAUCAUAGUAAGUUCCCUGAAGGCCACUCAGCUGAAAGUAUUUGUGAGCUCUUGUCUCCAACUGAUGACUUGGAGAACUGUAUCCCACUGGAUACAUACCUGAGCCCAAGUUCCUUAGGUAACAUUGUAGAAGAUGUUACACAUCCCUGUAAUCCCAAUCCAUGUGCAGCUAACCAGUUAUGUGAAGUAAAUAGAAAAGGAUGUCAGUCUGGAGAACUGUGUCUUCCCUAUUUGUGUGUGCCAGGUUGCAAACUGGGAGAAGCCUCAGAUUUUAUUGUCCGUCAGGGUACACUUAUUCAGGUUCCAUCCUCAGCGGGUGACGUUGGGUGUUACAAGAUUUGCACCUGUGGACACAGUGGAUUGCUAGAAAACUGCAUGGAAAUGCAUUGUGUUGACCUGCAAAAAUCAUGUAUUGUUGGAGGACAAAGAAAAAGUCAUGGAACGUCCUUUAAUAUAGAUUGUAAUGUCUGUUCAUGUUUUGCUGGAAACUUGAUAUGUUCUACCCGUCAGUGUCUCACUGAGCAUAGCUCAGAAGAUGAACGUCGGAAGUUUACAGGUUUGCCAUGUAACUGUGUAGAUCAGUUUGUACCAGUAUGUGGUCGAAAUGGACGUACAUAUCCAAGUGCAUGUAUAGCUCGUUGUGUUGGGCUCCAGGACAAUCAUUUUGAAUUUGGAUCGUGUAUUUCCAAGGAUCCCUGUAACCCUAACCCUUGUAAUAAGAAUCAGAGGUGCAUACCAAAGAAACAAGUUUGCUUGACUACUUUUGGGAAGUUCGAAUGCAGCCAGCAUGAGUGUGUGCCCAGGCAGCUAAACUGUGACCAGACACGGGAUCCUGUUUGUGACACAGACAACGUGGAAUACACUAACUUGUGUACUUUGUACCAAAAAGGAAAAAGUUUAGCGUACCGAGGGCCAUGCCAG